AUGGCGCACCCCGGUAUUCCUUCGAUCCAUCUCCAGCCCCCAUCGGUCGACUUCAUUGACAACCGGCUUCCCAAUUUUCACGAUGUUUUCAGGGAUAGAGAUGUACAUUAUGACCCUGUAUUACGAAGAUAUGUAGAAAACCGAACUAUCACAGACAGAAGUGUGUCAGAUGCUGGCGAGCGCCAAGACAACAGCCAAGCUCUGGUCCAGUCCAGCUACUCGUUUGGCGACGUUGGGGACUCUGAAAAAUUCUGGGGCCUGAUUUUUCCAGAUGCCAUGAAAAAGUUCAUCAAAGAGUAUCCAAAUGAGCCUAAGCAGCGCGACAAGUCUGGGUACAGCAUUCGGACGCAGACAACGUGGGACGGUGUUAAUGAACAGCUCCACAAGGCGCGAGAAGUCUACGAUGGCACCAAACAAGGCUUUCGGGGCCGGUGUAAGCGGGUGUUUCGCAGAAUCGGAGAAAAUACCGUUGAACCAGCGCAAAACAUUAUCCGACUGGUCCCGGAUAUUGAUUACGUUUCACCAGUUCUUGGUGCGGUGCAAUUGCUUCUCAGUGCUUUCACUAUAGCAUCUAGCGUGCGAGAGACAGUUGCUUCGAGUCUUGAGGAUCGGGGUCUUGACGAUCUCUUUGCUGAUGUCGAGGUGUUCUUGAUAACUUUCCCAGACAUGAGCAAAGUCAAAGAUGCCGCUGUGUCCCUGGUAGUCUCAGUUAUGAAAGCAAUCGAAGAUGCUAUAGGUUUCUUCAUAUCAAACCAAAUAAUCAGAGCAGCCUCUGCGAUAGGUCGUGGGAAAACAGGGUACCAGAAACCGCUCCUUGAAAGUUUGGGAGAAAUUCAAAAGAGCAGUCAAAAGCUCAUCCAUCAAGCACAAAACGCCCAUUUUGCUUCUACUCAGAUGGGGCUUAAUGCCAUCUGGAAUGACACUGGACGCCUUGUCAUGUCCCAGCGCAUGACUGGUCAAGCAAUGGAAUACUUGAUCGAUAAAGUCGAUCGCGGUUAUCGAGAGGGAGCCCAGUUCUAUAACACUGUGCAUAGGCUGCUGCUGGACGCCGAAGAGAGUAAAAAAGCAAGAGACCUGAGUCUACAAAACAAAAUCGCUAGCUUGGAAGAGAAGAUUGCCAGCCUUGAAGGGUCUUCUAGGGCAUCGACUCCUGGAACUCCAGAACAUACCCAAGUUUGGCCAAAUCAGCAAACUCCUUGGGUGGGUUAUCCACCCCAAUUUGGCUCAUACUUGCCAGCUUAUCACAACCCAUGGCCCGGAGCUUUUUCGCCGCCAGAAAUGAUUCCAGGGCCUUCAUUCAGCGCAAGUUCAUACAGCAGUUUACCGAUUAACCUUUCGCAUCAAUAUCACACGGUGUCACCACCACCUCCACAGCCGCCAAGGAUUGUCAGUUCUUCUCGCCUUCUUGAUCUUCUCAAUAUUCCACUCGACCUCGACAAAACAGAUCUUGAUAGCGUACAAGAUGGGAGUUACAGGAUUCCAAGGAAACUCCGUGCCCAAGCCGAGCAAGUAACUCGAACAAUGCAGUUCCGCGAUUGGAUCGUCACGCCAAGCUCGCGUCGAUUGCUUAUUCAUGGCGAAUUACCACGACAGUCUCUGGCGACUUGGCAUGUUUCUCCUCUGUCGCACUUUUGCGCCAUGAUGAUGCACAUGCUACGCGCGCGAGAGAAUUAUAUACCCUUGGUAUUUUUCUGCGGAUGCCACGUUGAGCCGGAAGACGGCAACAUUGGCGCUGAGGCGAUGAUGAAGAGCCUGUUAGUACAACUACUACAACAAAUUCCCUUUGCGGCUUUGACUUUAGAUAAAAGCGUGGACCUAAACUGCCUCAGCGAAAGCAACUGCAGUGUAUCCAAGUUAUGUGAUCUCUUUGUUUGGCUGGUUCAGCAGCAGCUUACUAGGGAGUAUACGUUGGUGUGUAUGGUCGAUGGCAUCGGGUUCUACGAGACGGAUGAGUUCGAACCCGAUGUAGUAGUCGUUAUGAAAAUGUUGCUACGACUCUCCGGAGAAACCUCCAAGGAGGACGAUGAUGAACUUCUUUUGCGCGGAGAUAUUAAAGUCCUCAUCACGACUCCAUCUACGACAGACGCCAUUCAAGGACUGUUUGAAGAUAUGGAUGGUAGUAGUGAAAUGUCCUUUAUAUCAAUGUCAGGGCUCCCAGACAUAAAUGAAUAUCUUGAUAUACCCGAGGAUCUUUGGAACAACGAAGAUUCAGAAGACGAAUAA